GAGCAAAUGGCGAAGGUCAACCUUAAUUAGCCGCAUGCCAUCUGCUGCUUCCAAACCUUUCUUGUCCGUCUCUUCUCCAACGAUGCUAGCGCCCCUUUUUUUUUUGGACAUUUCGGCCUUUCUCUCAACGGCGGGCACAGUCGGGCGUCUCCUGCCUGUUCCUGGGGUUACAAUCUGCUGAUUUGACCAGGCCGACUAAUGCCGAGCCGCUCGUCUGUCAGAUAUGCAUGCACUGAGUCUCCUCGCAGCAGCAGCAGCAGCAGCAGCAGCAGUAAUGCAGGAAAUGACAAGUCGGGAUCUCUCGUAUUAGGAAAUCACACCCAUCAGGGCCAGGCAUCUGAUUGGUUUUACCACAUCAUAGCCGAUUGGGAUUGGCCCGACUCACACAAGUACCAAAAAAACUCCGUACGAGGUCCGAAUAGCACAAAACCAAAAAUGAGGAGAAGCGGCCGUCAACGGAUGUCCACACUUACUCGUCCCCUCUCAUCGCCAAAUGAUUCUGACGUCUCGGAGACCAAUGCCCGGCUUGAGUAUCUUUUGCUUGACCAGGCAACGGGCAAUAUCCUACUCCGCCCUAGUUCCGGAUCGCAUGACCAAACGCCAGGAAAACAGUUUAACACCGAACUCGUCCGUACAGCAGCCCGACUAUCAGCCGCGUCCCCGUUGCUGAGGAAAGAAUCUUCCGGUGAUGUAUUAUUGUCAGCGCCACCCCUGACGAUUGGAUCUAAGCGCUCCCGGAGUCACUUCCACAAUCUAAUAUUUGAGAAUGGUUACUUCUAUCUAGCGACCUACAGCUUCGAUUCCCCUUUCAAAUGGUCCCGCUUGCUAGCGCUGACGAGCUGCAUCGAAUCGAUUAUCUACCUGCGCUUCAUGUCACGAGAGCCGCCCCUCCCAGGCUCAGCCUCUGUCCGGAUUGGAACUAGCGCUGGACGUGAGACCGCCAUAAUUGACCCCGACCUUCUUACACAUAUUUGGCUCGGUCGAGACCCCACUAUGCCACACCAUUUACGACCCAACGGCGAGAUAUUUUUGCCUGUCAUAGGCUGCUUCGAAGUUAACCGUGGGCACUGCCAGCCCAAACAUCGGUUCUUUAUUUUCUUCACUUCCACGCGCAGCUCUGCCUUUUCUCUGUUUGGUGUAGAUGCCUCAUUCCCCAGCAAGCAGAAGGGUUCUUCGCCAUCUUCUGGUAUCGAGGAUCACUACAUGGCCGGCAGUAGCAAUGUGAAUGUGAAUGUGAAUGGCAGCAGGGGUCGUCUGACAGCCCGCCUAGGUCUUUUUGGCAGUUCAUUAACUAAUUCUCAUCUGAACUACCCUGCAUCCAAUCUUCGCACAGACUAAGGCAAUAUGCACCCCAGAAGUAUGGCGGCGUCUGCGCGGUUCUGGAUCUCGUCCAAAGGGCGUCUUCCGUCGCCCGAGCGC